CGCCGAUGGGGGUGGCAGUAGCAAACCCAAGAGGCCCAAGGAGAAGCGGGACAAGGAGAAGAGGAAGCACGGGGCCCUGGCGGCCGGAGGCGGCUUAAGCGCGGCCGGGCGGGAGGAGAACGGCGAGGUGACGCUGCUGUUGCAGAAAGAUCAAAUGAAAGACAAAAUUAAAGAAAGAGAUAGAGAGAAGCAGAAAGAAAAGAAGAAAUAUAAAAUAAUGAAUGAGAUCAAGAAAGAGAAUGGAGAGGUCAAAUUAUUGCAGAAAGGUGGGAAGGAAAAGCCAAAAACUAAUGCAGAAGAAUUACAAAUUAAAAAGGUAAAGAAGAAAAAGAAAAAGAAACAUAAAGAAUGUGAGAAAAGGAAGCGUCCAAAAAUGUACAGCAAAUCUAUUCAGACCAUCUGCUCAGGAUUGGUUUCUGAUGUUGAGGAUCAAGAAGCCAAAGGCAUAAUUGAUGAUCAUUUUAAGGAUUUCAGUGGGAAGAAUAUGGAUUCUAAGAAGGACUGUGGGUCCAAGAUAUCAGAGAACAGCGAGUUUCCAUUUCUCUCGUUAAAGGAACCACGGGUUCAGAAUAAACUCAAAAGGUUGGACACGUUGGAGUUCAAACAGCUCAUUCACAUUGAGCACCAGCCGAAUGGAGGUGCAUCAGUUAUCCAUGCCUACAGUAAUGAACUCUCUCACUUGUCUCCUGUGGAGAUGGAGAGAUUUGCGGAAGAGUUUGUGGGUCUGGUUUUUAGUGAAAAUGAAAACUCUGCAGCUUAUUAUGUAAUGGGUAUUGUUCAUGGGGCAGCUACUUAUUUACCUGACUUUUUAGACUACUUUUCAUUUAAUUUUCCCAAUUCACCAGUGAAAAUGGAGAUUUUGGGAAAGAAAGAUAUAGAGACAACGACUAUGUCAAAUUUCCAUGCUCAGGUAAAAAGAACAUACUCCCAUGGUACAUAUAGAGCUGGCCCAAUGAGACAGAUCAGCUUGGUUGGAGCAGUGGAUGAGGAAGUGGGGGAUUACUUUCCAGAGUUCCUUGAUAUGUUGGAAGAUUCACCUUUCUUAAAAUGUACAUUGCCAUGGGGGACGCUUUCUAGUCUAAAAUUAGAAAGUCGUAAAGAUAGUGAUGAUGGUCCCAUCAUGUGGGUACGUCCAGGAGAACAGAUGAUCCCUGUGGCUGACAUGCCAAAGUCACCUUUCAAAAGGAAAAGAACUACCAAUGAAAUAAAAAACCUACAAUACCUACCUCGAACUAGUGAGCCCCGUGAAAUGCUAUUUGAAGACAGGACACGAGCCCAUGCAGAUCACAUAGGACAAGGUUUUGAACGACAGACCACAGCUGCUGUAGGAGUGUUAAAGGCUGUGCACUGUGGAGAUUGGCCUGAGCAACCUCGUAUAACCAAAGAUGUAAUUUGUUUUCAUGCUGAAGAUUUCUUAGAGGUAGUUCAGCGGAUGCAGUUAGAUUUGCAUGAGCCUCCACUCUCACAGUGUGUCCAGUGGGUUGAUGAUGCAAAACUUAACCAACUGCGAAGGGAAGGCAUUCGAUAUGCUAGGAUUCAAUUAUAUGAUAAUGACAUUUAUUUUAUUCCAAGGAAUGUUGUGCACCAGUUCAAGACGGUUUCAGCUGUAUGCAGUUUGGCUUGGCACGUCCGGCUCAAGCUAUAUCACUCAGAGGGAGAAGUUUCACAAAAUGCAAGCACCUAUGAAGCAGGCAUAUCUGCAGACCCCAUGUCUUCGGUUAUUGGACUUCAGACUGACAAAAUAAUUUGUACAAUAAGCAAAAAUACCUCCGAAGACACCACAUUUUCAGAUACUCUGCAAACUAAGUAUGUAAAACAGGAAUUCACACAGAUAAAACAUGAACUUACUGCCUCUCGCAGAAUUAAAGAGGAAUCCAUGAAUGUUGAUCUUCCUGAGAAAACAAUGGCACCUAAUGAUACGGAGCGUCAGAAUGUUAAAGGAAAAUUGGAUAAUGUUGAAUUGACAGCUUUUAAAUAUGAAGUGGACUCUAAAUUUGAACCUGGCAAUGACUUACAGAAUAAGUUGUGCUCUGGAAGUCACAUAAGUCUAUAUGAUACAAGACAACAGGGUUCAACAUAUCCAAAUCAGCAUGGACAAAGAGAAGAUGACUUUUUGUGCUAAUUUUGUACAUAUCGUUUUAAAUUCCUUUUUAAACUGAAUGACGUAAUAAUGUAAAGAUUCAUAAAUUCUGUGAGGCAAGCUUGUGAUUUGCUCUCACAACUGUUACAGAAAAUAGUUUAUGUAGCUUUGUAACAUUCCUCAGUGCCUGUCCAUAACUGUGAAGUAUCAAAGCACUUAGGGCCAGAUGCACUGUAAACACUGCAGGUUUAACAUAAAGAAGUCUUUAAAUAAUUUGAGUUGUAGGUUUUAGAGUAGAGCUGACAUUUAACAUAUAUAUUUUUUGUAAGAUGAGCCAGAAUUCUUUUUGACAAUUCCAGGCUUUUCCAUAGAGCUUAUUUAUACCAAUUUUUUUCAUUUUAAAUGUGUCAGCACUGUAGUGUAAAUAGCUUUUUUAAAAAAAUCUUUUUAGUGUGAUUUAUACUGAAAUAUGAGCCGCUUAAUAAAGGUUCAGAA